AUGAAUGACUUGCAAGAGAGAGCCGGGAAGUAUAUUAAGGCUGAGGAAAGUUUGAGAAAGUCCCAGAACAAUCAAGGGCCGAAUACCAACUUCAAGAAGCGUGGAAGUGACACGGAGUAUAACGCUGAGAAUAAAUACUCCAAGAAAGACGAUGAUGAAAAGUCGCCUACUAAAAAGAAGUUAGGGCCGAGGUUUACUGAGUAUGCUAGACUCAAUGCCCCCAGAAGCCAAAUCCUGAUGGAGAUUGAGAAGGAGGAAAAUGUAAGAUGGCCGAAGCCUAUAAGGACCGAUCCGAAGAAACAAAAUAAAGACUUGUAUUGUCGGUUCCAUAAGGACAUUGGACAUAAGACCGAUGAUUUCCGACAGUUGAAGGACAAAAUAGAAUUCUUGAUCCGAAGAGGUAAGUUGUCUAAAUUUACUAAGGAUGGAGACAAGAAUUAUCGAGACAAUGACAAUCGUGGAAGGGACAAUGAUGACAAGAGAACCCAGCCUAGAGGGCCUGUGAUUAACGUGAUCUCCGGAGGGCCUACAGCUGCCGGAACCUCAAGUAAUUCAAGGAAAGCUUAUGCGAGGGAAGUGAUGAGUAUAGUAGGAGAACCCCCGAAGUGGGCAAAAAUUGACUAUGCAAUGGCAUUCGAUAACGUCGACCUCGAGAAAGUAAAGUUCCCCCAUGAUGACCCCUUAGUAAUUACACCAGUGAUUGGAAACUCGUCCGUAAAGAGAGUGCUCAUUGAUAAUGGAGCCUCGGUGGAUAUCUUGUUCAAUGAUGCCUAUGAAAAGAUGGGAUACUCCGAUACUCAACUAACACCCUCGGAUAUGCCUAUAUAUGGCUUCAACAAUGUGGAAACCAAGAUUGAAGGCAUGAUCCAACUCCCUGUAAUUAUGGGUACCGAACCUAGACAAGCCACAUGUAUGAUAAAUUUCUUGGUUGUCAAAGCUUCGUCGACCUAUAAUGCCAUCCUUGGGAGGACUGGAAUACAUGCUUUUAAGGCAAUCCCAUCCACUUACCACAUGAAGAUUAAAUUCCCGACUAGGAACGGAAUUGGAGAAGAACUGGGAGACCAGAAAAUGGCCCGAAGUUGUUAUAUUGGAGCACUGAGAUCCGGAAGAGCUGGGGGGAAAGUGCUACCCAUAGAGGAUCUCGAUGUCCAGGAAGAGGAAGAAAGAAGAGGCAAGCCUGCCGAAGAUUUAGUUCCAAUCCCGUUAUAUACCGAGGAACCCGAAAAGGACACUUAUGUUAGAGCAUUACUCCAGAAAGAUUUGAAACAAGAGCUUGUGAGGUUCUUAAGAACCAAUUGUGAUGUUUUUGCUUGGACAGCGGCUGACAUGCCAGGUAUUGAUCCUUUAUUCAUGAAUCAUAAGUUGAAUGUGAAUCCUGAUAGGAAACCCAUUAAGCAAAAGAAGAGGAAUUUCGCCCCCGAAAGGCAGGAAGCCAUUAAACAGGAGGUAGAUAAGUUGUUGGAAGCAGGGUUUAUCGAGGAAAUUUAG